AUGGUACAGUUCGCACCUUUUUCUAAGCUGUUUAACCGUGUGUUCAUCCUGGGCCUUUUUGCACACGGAAGUUGUGUGGCAACGUCGGAGAGCGCCAGCAGGCGGGCAUUCACCACCUUCCGUCCUACCAUCAUGUUGGCUGCCCCCUCUUUAUUUGCGACGAGUGAGAUCGAACUGAAGCGACGCAAUGAGCGAUACGGGCGUGUUUACUCCUGGCUAUUCGAGAAGGCGCUUCAAAUACGCUCGGUCCUCAUCAAUGUGCACUGUCGGGACUCGUCGGUGUUGCGCUUUCUUUUCUUCCACGCCAUCCAACGCAAGCUUGGCGGUCACGUCGAGAAAAUCGUGCUAUGCGUUUCGGAGGAAAGUGUGUCGUACCGACUGGAAGAGCAUCUUACGGUUUGCUACGCGCCGUGCAUGCGGGAGGUGUUCUUUACGCCCUCUGAGGGCGUCUUCUGCGUCGAUGGUAUUCCGGCGCCCGGCAUUCGGGUUGAGUUGGGUCCGCUCGAUGGGCCCUCGACGAAGGCUACGAUUGGGCAGCUGGCCCUUGUGCGUGAGGGCGAGGCAAAGCAUGUCCUGCCAAUCGCGGCCAUGUGGAAUGAUCACCGGACACUGCGGCUUAUGGGGCCUCCUGGAGGUAUUCUUUUGCCACUAGGAGGCGAGUACGUCGUGGCGGCGGAGCUGGAACGCCUCUUUGCCCAAUCGCGGUACGUAAACGAUAUUUUUCUGUAUGCACAACCGUCGCGACCCAUUAUUGCCAUAGUGUCACCCAACCGUGACACGGUGGAAUUUGAGUGGCAACAACAACACUCCACUGGCGUCCAGAAUAAUGGUGAGGGUGAGAGUGUCUCUGGUGCUGAGGUUGCGUUGUUGAGCUGGAGCGAACUUUCUCGUUACGCGACUGGACUUCUGCUUGAAGACUUUCGGUGUCUUGUGGACCUGAACGGUCUUCAUGUGUCGCAGGUUCCAGGGUUUGUGCACCUGCACCCGCAUCCAUUUAAGGACCAUGAGGACUUCUUGACCCCGUACGCGGGAAUACGGCGCGAAUAUGUGGCUCGCUACUUUAAAGCCGUCAUUGAGCGCUGCUACUCUGACGCUGACUCCUUGCUCGCUCCAACAUCGAGCUACAGCAGUGGCGGUAUCAGCAGCGAUGAUGACUCUACGGAGAAGGCCUCCUGUGAUGGAGAAUUUUCACUCCAGGUCCCCGUGGCCAUUGACAUCGGUGGAAGCUUUGCCAAGUUCCUCUACGUGAAACCUCCUGGCGUGUUUGAUGUUCCUGACUACCUGGUGAAUGAAUCCUCUUCCCUUUCGGACCGAAUCAAUUUGCGAACCUUUAAGUUUUUUAACGAUGCCCAAGUCUCAAAACGGCAGUCUCAUGCCUUGACUUCCUUCACUGUCGGCAGAGUUCGCUUUGCAAAGCUGCCAUCGAAACGUGUUCCCGAUUUUAUCACAUACUUGGAUGAGAUUAAGGCACUUAAUCUGUACCGCGAGGAAUUCCGAAAAAGUAUACGAGCAACUGGCGGUGGCGCAUUCAAAUACGCUGCACUUGUGAAGAAUACGCUUCACAGUUCCUUUCAGGCAAUGCGGGAGAUGGACGCUGUGGUGCAUGGCCUCGUUCUUGUCAUUCGCUUGGCCCCUUCGUCCAUUUUUACUGUGGACCCUCCGACUGGUAUUCACUAUCCCCACAAGUUGCACAGCCCUCCUGGAGAUCCACUUUGGCCGUUUCCGUGCUUGCUUGUGAACAUAGGCUCUGGUAUUUCCAUUAUCAAGUGCCUUGGCCCGGACGGCUCACACGUGCGCGUUGGGGGAAGUCCCAUUGGCGGGGCAACAUUCUGGGGGCUUGUGCGCACCAUGACGGACAUGACCUCGUGGGAGGAGGUGAUGGAGAUCAUGCGACUUGACGGCCCUGGUGAUAACAAAAACGUUGACCUUCUCGUUGGCGAUAUUUACGGUUACAACGCGAAAGACCUUCCAGCGAUGCUCUCAGUCGACACCGUCGCCAGUACAUUCGGAAAAUUCGGUACAGACCCCGCCUACGAAACGGUAGGGGGGUUAUGGUCACAGAACAGCUUUGACGAUGACCGCAGUGAUGUGAUCUCGCCCCCGGCAAAGUCGUCUCCCAUCUCGCCGAUGUCAGUCUCGAAAGGGAAGAAGAAGAAGCCGUUUGCCAUGGAUAUCGUGCGAUCGCUGCUGAAUAUGAUCGCCAGCAACGUUACACAGCUGGCGUAUCUGCAUGGCCGCGUGCAGAACGUCCAAAAUAUUUUCUUCGCUGGUGGUUUCGUGCGCGAGAACCCCAUCAUUUGGAGCCUCAUCAGUGCAACGCUGCAGUACUGGUCAAAGGGGGAGUGCCACGCCCACUUCCUCGAGCAUGACGGCUACCUUGGGGUCCUGGGCUCCGCAACCAUGCAGGUGGAUGCAGAAAUCGCAAGCAAGUAA